UGUCGCUGUUACCUAGCGCACCGACGAUGACGAGCCAGCCUUCGUGCUGAGCCCAGGUUUAACUCGUCGUGCAACCCGAGACUUGCCGGAUGCCGGCGGGCUGAGUGGCAGCAAGCCGGCAGCCAGGCAUGGUGUCACCGCCGGAGACCAUGAUGCCUACAGCGGCCCCUAACAAGCCCAAGCUCGGCUUCUCCAUCGAGUCGAUCGUCGGUAAAGAUGCGGUCGACGAGCGGCGAGCUGACGUUGCUGCCACCGCGCACCACCUGCCGGACUCCCUGGCUGCCUCGCCGGACUCGCUGAGGCCUCCCGCCGCACCACCGGGGACGGGCGUAGCCGUGCCUAUGGCCACGUUCCCGCCACUGGCGGCUGCGUACGCCGCCAUGGUCGCCGAGCACCACCAUCACCAGCAGCAACAGCAGCACCACCACCAGCUGUCACGAGGUCCACCACCCUACCUAGGCUCGGCCCUCCAGCACCACCACCCGCCACCGCCCUCCGCGCUGGGACACCUGGUUGGACCCGGGGGCUCCUUCAUGGUGUCUCGGGACCCACAGCCGCUUUACCCCUGGUUGCUGGCGGCCAGGCAUUCGAGGCUCUUCGCGCACCGAUUCGGAGGUCCCGAGCCGGCGGGCUUCCUGUUGCACCCGUUCCGGAAGCCCAAGCGGAUCCGCACCGCCUUUUCGCCGUCGCAGCUUUUGAAGCUGGAGCACGCCUUCGAGAAGAACCAUUACGUUGUCGGCGCCGAGAGGAAGCAACUCGCACAGUCACUCAGCCUCACCGAAACGCAGGUGAAGGUGUGGUUCCAGAACCGGCGCACCAAGCACAAGCGCCAAAAGCAGGAGGAGGAACACUCGACGUCCCACGGGGGCUCGGACUGCAAGGCGUCCUCAUCGCCUAGACCACCGGCAGCGCUCUCACCCGACAUUCAGAUGGACGACUCGAGCUCUGAUUCGACGCAGCCGGACCCACUGUCGUGACGCCAGCAGCUAUCGCCCGUGACGGCCGCGCACACACCGCGCGGACUGUGCGCCCCUUGCGGACCAUACGCCGCUGGGCCGGCCGCCGCUUUGUGGACGCUGCAGGAAGGGGCGCCGCCGCGAAUGUGAACUCUGUCUUCGUGACGAUGUGUGCGCGUGUGUGUGUUCCGCUGUCGACGACGCAGUUUCAUGCUUCACAACUACAUGCUCGGGAACCACGUCGAUGACCUCAUCACAACUCGGCGGACAGCCUGUGCUUUCAAGGGGACGGAAUUUUUGUUUCUGUACGGUACAUAUGACGAGUGAAAAUUGUUUAACCUGUAGACAUUUGGUGGCUCGCCCACUUUAGAAACUUGUUUUUGAAACUUGUGACUACUGGUGGUGACUGUGACCGCUGACUUGCACUGGAAAGAAGCGGCAUUGGGACCUGCGAAAGGCUGAAUUUAGGCGUUAAUCGAAAUAACUGUAAAGCCAAAGAUGCUUGGCAUACUCCGUACGGGUCCUGUGCUUCGUUAUGGCAUUAUAAUUGAAGCGGGCGUCGCUUGCGUGGUUCCUGAGCGUUAUUGAUUCUGGCCCCUACCGCAUGGUGGGCACAGUGUCUUCGUGAGGUCGCGUUUAGACGUCGACACGGUCGGGCUGCGUGUGACGACAUCGGCUUUUCUGCACUAUGUUCAAGUGGAUUGCCAUUCACCUGGUACUUCUUGCUUUAAUGCGCUUAUUGGCCUCAACCAAAUCAAACUGGCGUUUUCUGACAAUUUUAAAUGAGAUUGUAGGUGCUGGUAUGGUUUUUGUACGUGUUCUGACAUUAUUAUAGCUUCAGAAGCAGCAACGACGUAGAGUUUUUGCAACAGUCUCACUCACAUCUGGUUGCAGUCUUCCAUCGCACGGACCGGAUCCUACUCUCUCGAAGCCCGCUUCACUUGAAUCUCUACGGGUGGUCGCCUGCUUUCUGGGUUACCUGCAAGGGUAAAAUAUCAUUUUUAGACUGUUGCAAUUGUGAUUUCGCUCAUUUAACUUUUUUAUGAUUCAUUUCGUACAUUGAUGCUUAAACAUUAGGAGAACUUAUUAAAGGUGAAGCAUCGAACAUCAGGUAUGAUUGUCAGUGUAAUACAGCGCACGAAAGCAGAAAUUCGUGCUCUGUAAUUAUAUAUGCACAAUAAUUCACGUUUUUUUGUCAACUUUCGCCAUGAAAGGUAGCAUGCUAUUGCUUUGUGCUCCGCAUACUGCUUAUCGCACUUGACAACAUCCGCACAGAGUGGGACCCUUCAUGAUGAUCAAGGAGGGUCUAAGCAAGUCGUGUUACGGACAUUGCCGCCCCCUUCAGCGGCAUUCAUAAUGUCGAACGCACCAUCGACAGGGACGAAAAAUCGCUCUCCUAUAUAUAGUGUGUCUGUGCCAAGAAGUAUCGCGACGAACUCACCUCGAACGGGGAUUAUUCAUCGACAGGGCGUAAACGACAUGGCGUGACUGCAGGCGAUGAAGGCUUGCUGAGACUGAGCGUGGCUACUUCGACUCUCGAAGUGGCCGAAGUGUGCGUGUUCUCACAAGGUGUGUUUGCGUGGUACAUUCGUUGCAAAGCCGCAUGUACAGUGUUUCUUUGCUCUCUGGAUGACGUUAUUAUUAUUCUUCGCUUCUUCCCCGGUUUUCCUUUUUUUUUCUUGAACACCGUGACCCUUUGUUGACGCCCAUGACUGCGUUUUGUCUGUAUGUGUCGAGACACUCAUCAGCAGGAAGGUCGAGUGUUGCCUCUGAAACCAAAGAAGCCUUUCCUUUUCCUCAUUUUCAGAGACGCAACUGGAUGGGACUAGAUGGGACACUUGAGGGAAAAAAAUUAUUUCACCACUCUAUUGUUAUUGAUUUUAUCAUAAUAGGUCAAUACAAGAGGAACUGACGGUUAAAGUUGCGGGCUUGAGUUUCAGGCCUGAACUUCUUCACAGACACGCUAGUUUGACGUCACAAGUUUGCAGGUCUCCCUUUUUUUUUGCAUUUUGCCUGCACUCGUUUUAUGAAGUUUUCAAAAACUUCCUAUGUUACGACCCGUAUUCCUUUGAUCAUCAUUAGCAACAAAUCAUUACGUGUAUGCCUUUGUAGACGGCAUUAAAAUUGGCAAGAGCUGGUGCGCGAAUGUUCCAUCGCCACCUGUAUUUUACUCCUGCGCGUUGUCUCGCUUACCCAGCGUUUUCUUUCGCAUCGUGGUAUUGCUGUUUACUAAUACGGGAAGGAAUGUUGGUUACCUCAUUGUCCUUUGAAAGUUCAGCAUCAGACAGAAAUGCGCCCUCUUAUGACCUCGUUCGGGUCGAGCAAUUUGACCGAUUUUCUGCAGCGUGAAAAUACUUCAGUGCCCGAUGGAAAUUCGUCGAGCGAAUACGAAAACUAUAAAAGCAGGGAGCUGUAUGAGCUCAGUGUGCUAACUGUAAUUUCGGCAAUAAGGCUCCGUCUUUUGAUUCAUUACGAGUGUUUUGGUCAACAGCGUUCAUUGUUUGCACUGUAGCUUCACGCGGGCUGUGAAAGGUGGUGGAGGGCCUAACCUUGCAGCUCUGUAGACUGCGCUGAAUGCCAGCCUGGGCGUAAGCAGCGGCUUGCUCCGUUACAUAUCGCGAGUGUUGGGUGGUAUGGCGACCAUCUAAAUGACCUUCCUCGAAGCUCCCCAGAGCUACUUUCAAAACGCACAUUCAUGUUGUUUUGUGGUAUUCAGCUGCGGCAGAAAUGAAUAAAUACCGCAGGUAUUGGCGAAACUCAGUGGGUCGUUGUGGCUGCAGUUUUGAUUGACGCAGUGCGCCGUUACUUCACACAGCGUUUCGUGUACAAGGCAAUCUUCGUGUACUCUCGCCAAAACAUUGCCCAGAUUCGUUCGUUUUAUGUGUUUCACACAUGUAACGAGAAAGAAAAUGUUUUGCCGAGUGAAACGGUUUGUAAGAUUUUGCGUAUUUGUACAUAUAGAAGACAUUGUUUUAAAUAUGUGCGCGCUUUGCUUUAUCCAGCCUUUAUUGUUUCGAGUGUAAAUACGUCGAUGUAAUUUAUAACAUGUGAAAAAGGGAUUCUCAUUAAAGAAGAAGUAUGCAUCAAUUGAAA